AUGACCGUACCAACCACUAUCCGUCUUCCUUCAAAGCAGACCGUCAUCCUUGAAGGUGAUGACCUCCGUCUACGAAUCGACGACAAUGCUCCCCUCCCUGUUCUCCGGCCGGACGAAGUGCUUGUCCGCACCAUGGCAGUAGCGAUAAAUCCCUGCGACUACAAGAUGCAUGAACGAUUUCCCUCUCCUGGGGCAGUGGACGGAUGUGACUUUUCCGGUGUGAUCCUGGCAAUAGGAGCCGGAGUCCCCAGCUUGGGGGUCUCAUUCCAGAUAGGCGAUCGGGUAUGCGGUGCGGUGCAUGGGUCGAAUCCCAUUCGACAUGAUUCGGGCUCUUUCGCCGAAUAUAUUGCCUCAGAAGCCGAGUUUACGCUGAAGAUCCCGGACUCCAUGUCCUUCGAGGAAGCUGCCGCUCUGGGAGGAACGGGACUGGCGACACUCGGCAUGGCGCUUUUCCGGACAUUAGAGCUACCCGGAACGCCAGAGGAGCCAGCGCAAAAGCCGCUGACGGUUUUGGUUCACGGGGGAAGCUCCUCGGUUGGGACGAUGGCUAUGCAAUUACUUCGCUUGGUUGGUCAUAUUCCCAUCACAACCUGUUCUCCACGGAACUUUGCCCUAGCAAAGGAAUACGGGGCGGAAGAGAUAUUCGACUAUCACGAGCCAGAUUGUGGCCAAAAGAUCAAGGCUUACACCCGCAACACCCUUCGCUACGUGCUUGAUCCGUUUACCGAUGCCAAAAGCAUUGCACUCUGCUGCGGAGCCAUGGGUCGCGCAGGAGGCCGAUACGCGUGCCUGGAGAUGUAUCCAGACUAUUUAGUGGAGAAGCGUACCCUCCGAGUAGGCUUUGUAAUGGGUCCGGCGCUCCUCGGCCAUCGCCUGGAAUUAGACUAUGGGUAUGAGCGAGCGGCCGACCCAGAAAUGCGUCAAUUUGGCAUUCGCUGGUAUCGGAGCAUCCAGUGGCUGUUGAGCAAGGGCCAGCUGAAGCCGCAUCCUCUGAGAGUACUGCCAGGAAGAUUUGAUGCCAUCUUGCAGGGGAUCGAGAUGCUGAAGAGCAAGAGUGUGUCGGGCGAGAAAUUGGUUGUGAGCAUCGGCAUGUAA